CGUGCUCGUGCUGUGUUUUUGCAGGUGACAGGAAGAAAGUUCAUAUUGAAGAAUUGCGAUUUAAGGUUCAUCAACUACCUCAAAUUUAAAAGGAUAACGAUGCUUACCUUUGGCAUAACGAUAGUUCGACAUGGUGAAACAGAAUGGAAUAAAAAAGGCCUCCUACAAGGCCAGGCGAUAGACUCGUCUCUAUCAGACAUAGGGAUGCAGCAGGCAGAGGCUGCAGGAAAAUAUCUCAAAGACGUCAAGUUCACCAACGUGUUUGUCAGUGACAUGGCCCGUGCCCGCCAGACUUGCGAAGCAAUUGUAAAACACAACAGUAGUUGCUCUGGCCUAGAAAUUGUCACCGAUCCAUCACUUAAAGAGAGGAGUUUUGGGAGUGCCGAGGGGGGCUUGGUGGUGGACAUGAAGAACAUGGCUACAGCGGCUGGUCAAUCAUGGCUGGACUUCACCCCUCCAGGGGGAGAGACUAUAGAACAGAUGAAGAUGCGGAUCAAAGAGUUUCUGGAGCACCUGUUCCAGCGCAUGGUGGCUGACCACUGCAGACCAGGACAGAGGGAGACAGGGAUGCCAGAGGGGGAUCUUGCAGGCAAGCCAGAUGAUGGGACCAGAGAUGUUCCUGCCCAUGCCCUGGUGGUCAGCCAUGGGGCCCUAAUACGUGUGGCCAUGCGCUACCUUGUGGAUGAGCUAAAGUGUCCUUUACCCCAGGGGUUGGACAUGUCCCAUGUGAUCGCUCUCUGUCCCAACACGGGCAUAUGUCGGUUUAUCUUCACUGUGACAAAAAGGGAUGCGGGCGUCACCCUCUCAGCCAUCCGCUGUGUUUUCAUCAACAGGUGCGAGCACAUCUAAGAGGAGGGGUAGAGUGGAGGGGGUUGAAGGAAAUAAUCUCCUGGUUCACUAUAUAGGGCCGACUAGAACCGUAUUGUGCCGUUUGGGAUAUUUUCUUUUCACAUUGUCCUUUCUAGCAUGGUUCCAGCAACUAUGGUAGAUAGGCAAAGUGGUACUGGGCUGGCCUGACUCGCCUUGGCCUCUUGAGUGUUUGCCGGGCUGACUAAGAUAUACACAGACUCCAUAUAGGAAUCUGGUUGAGUUAUUUAAAAUUAUUUUAAGGCAUACACUACCGGUCUAAAGUUUCAUAACACCUACACAUUCAAGAGUUUUUCCUUUUUUUCCUUCUUUUUUUAAAACUAUUUUCUACAUUGUAGAAUAAUAGUGAAGACAUCAAAACUAUAAAAUAACACAUAUGGAAUCAUGUAGUAACCAAAAAAGUGUUCAACAUUUUCUAUUUGAGAUUCUUCACCCUUUGCCUUGAUAACAGCUUUGCACACGUUUGGCAUUCUCUCAACCAGCUUCAUGAGGUAGUCACCUGGAAUGCAUUUCAAUUAACAGGUAUGCCUUCUUCAAAGAUAAUUAGUGGAAUUUCUUUCCUUCUUAAUGUGUUUGAGCUUAUCAGUUGUGUUGUGACAAGAUAGGGGGUGGUAUACAGAAGAUAGCCCUAUUUAGUAAAAGACCAAGUCCAUAUAUGGCAAGAACAGCUCAAAUAAGCGAAGAGAAAUGACAGUCCAUCAUUACUUUAAGACAUGAAGUUCAGUCAAUACGGAAAAUUUCACAAACUUUGAACGUUUCUUCAAGUGCAGUCGCAAAAACCAUCAAGCGCUAUGAUGAAACUGGCUCUCAUGAGGACCAUCACUGGAAUGGAAGACCCAGAGAUACCUAUGCUGCAGAGGAUAAGUUCAUUACCAGCCUCAGAAAAUGCAGCCCAAAUAAAUGCUUCAAAGAGUUCAAGUAACAGACACAUCUCAAAAUCAACUGUUCAGAGGAGACUGUGUGAAUCAGGCCUUCAUGGUCGAAUUGCCGCAAAGAAACCACAACUAAAGGACACCAAUAAUAAGAAGAGACUUGCUUGGGCCAAGAAACACGAGCAAUGGACAUUAUACCCGUGAAAAUUUGUCCAAAUUGGAGAUUUUUGGCUCCAACCGCCAUGUCUUUGUGUAACCCGGCGUGGGUGAACGGAUGAUCUCCAAAUGUGUAUAUCCCACCGUAAAGCAUGGAGGAGGAGGUGUUAUGGUGUAGGGGUGCUUUGCUGGUGACAUUGUCUGUGAUUAAUUUAGCCAAGUAGGAGAGUGAUGGAGUGCUGCAUCAGAUGACCUGGUCUCCAUAAUCUCCCGACAUCAACCAAAUUGAGAUGGUUUAGGAUGAGUCGGACCACAGAGUGAAGGAAAUGCAGCCAACAAGGGCUCAGCAUAUGUGGGAACUCCUUCAAGACUGUCGGAAAAGCAUUCCAGGGGAAGCUGGUUGAGAUAAUGCCAAGAUUGUGCAAAGCUAUCAUCAAGGCAAAGGGUGUCUAUUUGAAGAAUCUCAAAUAUAAAAUAUAUUUUGAUUUGUUUAAAACUUUUUUUGGUUACUACAUGAUUCCAUAUGUGCUAUUGCAUAGUGCUUUUGUCUUCACUAUUAUUCUACAAAGUAGAAAAUAGCAAAAAUAAAGAAAAGCCCUUGAAUGAGUAGGUGUUCUAAAAUUUUGGACCGGUAGUGUAUAUGUAUUUGUCUGAUUGUGUUGCAUAAUGUACAUUAAAAUACUAUGAAGAUUGAGAAAAUGAACGAUCAUAUUUUGAAGCUCUCCUAUUCCAUCUCAUCACUGCGCCGUGCAUAACCAGCUGACUUGUUAAAAACCUACAGCACUGUCUUUGAAAUUCAAAUUUCAUAUUCAUUGACACCAUCUAAAUGUUCUCUAUGUUACCGGUAGUUUGAUUUGGUGAGUGAAAUGUGGGCGUUUGGCUUAUUCUACAAAUGUUCAAAUAAAAAAAAUGCUGAUAAAUAAAGAACACUCUUUAAGAAACAUAUUAAAAACAGACUUGUUUAUCCAG